UCUUCACAAACUAAUUAAGAAUUAUCAUCUUCAUUGGUUCUCCCCAAAAUUACAUUCCUCUUUCCCAGAGGACAAUCAUAUUCACACAAAACAACUUAACAAAUCUUUCCUCGAGUCUUACCGUAGAAACUGAACAUAAGCAAUGGCAAACGCGGCGUCGGGGAUGGCAGUGGAGGACAACUGCAAGCUGAAGUUUAUGGAGCUAAAGAAAAGAACCUAUCGGUUCAUAAUAUUCAGAAUAGAUGGGCAGCAAGUGGUGGUUGAAAAGUUAGGAAACCCGCAGGAGACUUACGACGAUUUCACCAAUUCCCUCCCUGCCGACGAGUGCCGCUAUGCGGUUUUCGAUUUAGAUUUUACCACCAAUGAAAACUGCCAGAAGAGCAAAAUCUUCUUCAUCGCCUGGUCACCCGAUUCAUCUAGAGUGAGGAUGAAGAUGGUGUACGCGAGCUCUAAGGAUAGGUUCAAGAGAUCAUUGGAUGGCAUUCAGGUUGAGUUACAAGCCACUGAUCCUAGCGAGAUGAGCUUUGACAUCGUCAAAAGCCGAGCUCUCUAGACAUUUUCCUUGUAUUCAUCAAACCCUUUAUAUAUCAUCUUUCGUAUUUUCUGAUAUUAAAAACAAAAUCAAAACACUUUCCAUGUUAUGUAAUUUUCUUGGUUAAGAUCUGAAUUCUUCAAUGUCGUCU